AUGGCAGACCUUCUUCACACCUGGCAGACCUCCUCACACCUGGCAGACCUCCUCAUACCUGGCAGACCUCCUCAUACCUGGCAGACCUCACACAUGGCAGACCUCCCCACACAUGGCAGACCUCCCCACACAUGGCAGACCUCUCACACCUGGCAGACUCCCCACACCUGGCAGACCUCCUCACACAUGGAAGACCUCCCACACAUGGCAGACCUCCUCCACACAUGGAAGACCUCACACCUGGCAGACCUUCUCACACCUGGCAGACCUCCUCACACCUGCAGACUCCCCACACCUGGCAGACUCCACACCUGGCAGGCUCUCACACCUGGCAGGCCUCUCACACAUGGCAGACCUCCCCACACCUGGCAGACCUCCCACACUUGGCAGACCUCCCCACACCUGGCAGACCUCCCCACACCUGGCAGACCUCCUUACACCUGGCAGACCUCCUCACAUACCUGGCAGACAUCCUCACACCUGGCAGACAUCCCCACACCUGGCAGACCUCUACACAUGGCAGACCUCUCACAUGGCAGACCUCACACCUGGCAGACUCACACAUGGAAGACCUCCUCACACCUGGCAGACCUUUCACACCUGGCAGACCUCCUCACACUUGGCAGACCUCCUCACACCUGGCAGACCUCCCCACACCUGGCAGGCACCUCCUCACACCUGGCAGACCUCCUCACACCUGGUAGACUCCUCAUACCUGGCAGACACCACACCUGGCAGACAUCCACACCUGGCAGACCUUUACACCUGGCAGACCUCCUCAUACCUGGCAGACAUCCUCAUACCUGGCAGACUCCCUCAUACCUGGCAGACCUCCCUCACACAUGGCAGACCUCCUCACACAGACCUCCCCACACAUGGCAGACCUCCCCACACCUGGCAGACCUCCUCACACAUGGAAGACCUCUCACACCUGGCAGACCUUCUCACACCUGGCAGACCUCCUCACACUUGGGAGACCUCCCACACCUGGCAGACCUCCCCACACCUGGCAGACCACACCUGGCAGACUUCCUCACACCUGGUAGACCUCCCUCACACCUGGCAGACCUCCUCACACCUGGCAGACUCCCCACCUGGCAGACCCUCCUCACACCUGGUAGACCUCCCCACACCUGGCAGACCUCCACACCUGGCAGACCUCACACCUGGCAGGCCUCCCCACACCUGGCAGGCCUCCCCACACAUGGCAGACCUCACACCUGGCAGAGACCCCCACACUUGAGAGACCUCCCCACACCUGGCAGACCUCCUCACACCUGGCAGACCUCCACACCUGGCAGACCUCCCAGCACACCACAUCCCCACACCUGGCAGACAUCCUCACACCUGGCAGACCUUACACUUGGCAGACCUCCUCAUCCCUGGCAGACAUCCUCACACCUGGCAGACCUCCACUUGGCAGACCUCCUCACACCUGGCAGACCUCCCCACACCUGGCAGACCUCCCCACCUGGCAGACCUCCAUACUAG